UCUUUAUUUUGUAAAUUUAAUUAUUUUUCGACAUUUAAAUCAUUACAAUGAUUAAAUUAAGAGUAUUUAAAUCCAUUAAAUCAAGAAAUGAAACGAGAAUUCAUUUUUGUCGCCAAGUGUUUUCAAAAUUAUGUCUUCGAUUGCGACCAACAAAAAUGGUAAAACAGAAAGUCCAUCAAAAUUACAUCAUGUUAAUAUUGAUGAGCAUUUGAUGACCAUCAAUGAAGUUGCCGCAAGAUAUGGAACCGAUUUGAAUCAUGGACUAACCAGCGAACAGGUUCGAGAAAAAUCUCAACAAAAUGGCCUAAAUCAAUUAACACCACCGAAGAAAACUCCAGAAAUAAUUAAAUUUGUAAAACUCAUGUUUAGUGGAUUCUCAAUGUUAUUAUGGGUUGGGGCCGCAUUGUGCAUUAUAUCCUACUUUAUUACUGAAGAUCAAGAAACACUUUAUCUUGGAAUCGCUUUGAUUGUCGUUGUUGUCAUAACUGGGGCGUUUGCAUAUUAUCAAGAAUCCAAAUCAUCAGCUAUUAUGGAAUCAUUUAAAGGGCUUAUUCCGCAUGUAGCACAUGUAAUACGUGAUGGUAAAUUAUUAGAAAUUGAUUCGAAAAAAAUUGUACUCGGUGAUAUUAUUGAAGUUGUCGGUGGCAAUCAAGUUACUGCCGACAUUAGAAUAAUCGAAGCAUAUGGUUGUAAAUUUGAUAAUUCCUCUAUAACUGGUGAAAGUGAACCACAACAUCGUACAGCUGAAUUGAAACAGAAAAAUGAAAAUCCAUUAGAAGCUGAAAAUCUUGCAUUCUUUUCUUCAUACUGUACUGAAGGACGUGCUCGUGGUAUUGCUAUUCGAAUCGGUGAUCAAACUGUCAUUGGAAAGAUUGCCACUUUAACUCAUCAACAAGAAAGUCAAACAUCGAUUGGAAGAGAAAUCAAUAGAUUUAUCAAAAUUAUUACCAUUUUUGCACUAUUUUUGGGAUUGAACUUUUUAUUGCUAUCACUUAUAAUGGGAUAUAGUUUUAUAAAUGCUAUAAUCUUUUUUAUCGGAAUCAUUGUUGCAAACGUUCCCGAAGGAUUAUUAGCAACAGUUACUGUUUGUCUAACGCUUACGGCUAAAUCUCUUAGUAAAAAAAAUUGUCUGGUCAAGAAUCUUGAAGCUGUGGAAACAUUAGGUUCAACAUCGAUUAUUUGUUCGGAUAAAACCGGCACAUUGACACAGAAUAAGAUGCAUGUUUCGCAUAUUUGGUUCAACAAUAAAGUAAUCGAACCAUUGUUGGCCAAUACAAUGCAUAGCCUUAAACAAUUAUUGAGUGAAAAAAAUCGAUUCCAAGAUUUUCUUCGAGUUACAGCCCUUUGCAGCAAAGCAGAACACGAAAAUGAUUCCAAUCAUAAAAAAAUCUAUCGUGGUGAUGCUUCCGAAGUAGCCUUCUUGAAAUUACUUGACAAAAUAGGAAUUAAUAUUACAAAGAUUCGUCAACGGCAUCCGAUUGUUCAUGAGAUACCGUUUAAUUCUACUAAUAAAUUUCAUAUUACCGUCCAUGAUAUUAGCCAAUAUGAACCACAUGCUAAGCAUAAAUAUUUGAUUUGUUUAAAAGGUGCACCGGAAAUUGUUCUGAAACUUUGCCGAUCAAUAUUGUUACAAGGACAAUGUUUGAAAUUAGAAACGGAAACUAAACAGGAUCUCAACAAUGUUUGCACAUUUUUCGCUUCAAUGGGUGAACGUGUAUUGGCAUUUUCCGAAUAUUAUACAAAUGACUAUCAUUCUCUUCUGGAUACUAAAGAUGAUGGAAAAACAUUGAACGAUAAAUUUAUUGCUGAAACAAAAUUUACAUUAUUGGGUGUUAUGUCAUUGAUUGAUCCGCCUAGGCCAGAAGUUCCGGACGCAGUUGAAAAAUGUCGUCAAGCUGGAAUACGAGUUUUUAUGGUGACUGGUGAUCAUCCGAUUACGGCUAAAGCAAUCGCCAAACAAGUUGGAAUCAUUUCACAAAAUGAUGAAAAUAUUACUAUUCUUAGCGAUGAUAUAUUGAAAGAAUUUUUGUCCAAUUCAAAAUCCAAUUCGACAAAACAAGACGACGAACAAGAGCAGACGAUAGAAUAUGAGGAAAAAUCCAUUGUAAUACCAGGUUGGAUUCUCAAUCAAUUCACCAAUGAUCAAUUGGAUCAUCUAGUGGAACAUUAUCGAGAGAUAGUUUUUGCUCGAACAAGUCCACAGCAAAAACUUUUAAUCGUUGAUAGUUGUCAACGAUUAGGUCAUAUUGUAGCUAUGACCGGUGAUGGUGUUAAUGAUUCACCGGCAUUGAAAAAAGCCAAUAUUGGUAUAUCGAUGGGAAUCAAUGGAUCAGAUGUGUCCAAAGAAGCAGCCGAUAUGGUAUUAAUGGAUGAUAAUUUUGCAUCGAUUGUCGUUGGCAUUGAAGAAGGUCGAGUGAUUUUUGACAAUCUUAAAAAAUCUAUUUCCUAUGUAAUGGCUUCGAAUUUCUCUGAAAUUGUUCCAUUUAUAUUCUACGUUUUGUUUGGAUUUCCAUUAGCACUUGGAACUAUAACGAUACUUUGCAUUGAUCUUGGUACGGACAUAUUUCCUUCGAUUUCAUUGGCUUAUGAGAAAGCUGAAUCAGAUAUAAUGAAACGAAAACCUCGAAAUCCUAAAGUUGAUCAUCUUGUCACUGGAAAAUUGAUUCAUCGAUCCUAUUUUCAGCUUGGUAUGAUACAAGCAGCUGCUGGAUUUUUUACCUAUUUCUGUGUCAUGGCCGAUCAUGGAUUCUACAUCACACAACUGUAUCAUCUUCGUGAAUAUUGGGACGAUAAGAAUUAUCUUAUCAUCGAUAUAUAUAACCAAGAAUGGACUUAUAAGAAACGAAAAAUUCUCGAAUAUACCUGUCAAACUUCAUUCUUUGUAUCGAUUGUUGUUUGUCAAUGGAUGGAUCUUAUUAUAUGUAAAACACGUGUUAAUUCCAUUCUUCAACAAGGAAUGAGCAAUCAUGUAUUGAAUAUGAGUUUGAUUGUCGAAACGAUUAUCGCUCUAUUUCUUGUAUAUUGUCCUGGUAUCGAAAAAAUUUUAAAACUUUAUCCACUCAAAUGGUGGUAUGGUUGGUUUACGGCGAUUCCAUUCACCAUUUACAUGUUUACAUAUGAUGAAAUACGACGUUGGUUCAUACGAAAACGUCCGAUGGGAUUUUUUGCUCAAGAAACAUGUCAAUAAUUGAUGAAUCUCAAACUUUUAGCUCGUUCGUUUUUGAAAUUCGUAAAAAUGAUGAUGGCAAGAGAAAAGGAUAAUAACAAUACUAAAUUCGAAUGAAUGAAGAAAAAUUGGAAAUAAUUUAAUUCGAAAAAAAAUGGGAUCAUAAUAUUUUCAAUAAUAAUAAAAUUUUAUUAAUAAAUCCCAAGUAAACAAAUAGAUGCCGCUAAAAGCAUUCUUUUACUAAAAAAUAGUUCCUAGUUUUUGCCCAUUACCAAUCAUCAUCAUCAUUCACUUUAUUAUGUGAUGGUAUAGAGAAAAUAAAAAUCCAAAACACAGACUUUAUUGAUUAAAUCUAAAAUCGAUUCCUUGUUUUGAUUUCAUUCAAGAGUGGUCGUUUGAAAGACAGCCAAUAAUUAUCACAGUAACCACCUAGAUGUGAAUCAUCCAUCGACAAAUGACGAAAAACAAAAACAAUUGAACCGGGGAAAAAAAAUAUCCAAACCAAUUACCUUUUUUUUAGCAUUCGACAUUUCCACAACGAUUUUGAUGAAAAUGAACGAAUUAUAACCACCACCACCUCCUCCUAUUACAACGUCAGAAAUCAAGUGUGGAUUGUAUUUUUGCGUGUCCCUUGUUAUCAUUUUUUUGAUUCGAUCGGAAUCUCAUCAUCAUCGUCAUUGUAUGUGUCCAUUUUUCGAUCCAAAUAUUUAGUUUUUUAUCAUUUAGUGUAUUUUGAAAAUUAUAUUCAUGAUUCAAGUGGCAAUCAAUUAUG